UUAUAUGUUUAAUCGUCUAUAUAAUUACGGGUAAGAUGUGAAGCUGAAAGAUUCAGGGUCAUACGGUUCGAAGUAAAUCGAGCACACCCAUACUAAUUAUGUCAAGGCAAUCAGCCAAUCAGAUAUCCAGAUUAACGUCAUGUGAUAUCAACAUAAAAUUUACAAGGUGAAAGUAUUGCUCGGAAUUUCUUUGUUCAAAUUAGCUGUUUUAUUUAGCAUUCAGCGAGGAUAUUGCACAUACUUUUAUUGCCGUAUGUUACAAGAUAGUGUUUUGAAGUGACCCGUGCAGUGGAUUGUCAAGUGGGGCUGUGUUUGUGGCCUAAUUAAGGUUUUCGAAGGAGGCUGACUGCAGCGGGGACCAAACACAAUGGCUAAUUAGGUCACCACGGCGUCACUUAUGACCUACGACCUUCGGAGAAAAGUAAACAAAGACAUGUGCUAUGAAGGUAGUGAUUAUUGGUCACUCGUUUGUUCGCCGUUUACGUGAACUCGUGGAGAAGGAUUCAGAUUGUGCAAAUCUAAGACUUGAAACGGAUAAGUUUCAAGUAAACUUCCGAGCGCGAGGAGGACUGACAGUGCACAAACUCAGACAGCAAGCUGAACUCCUGUCGUUCAAUCAUACAGACUUGGUGUUUCUCCAAAUCGGGGGUAAUGACUUAUCUACCCUUUCUCCAUAUCAGGUAGCCCACAGUAUUUUUGACAUUGUCGAACAUAUUCUAAAUGUAAACCGAGCAAGACACGUAGUGGUUGGACAAUUAUUUUGGCGGUCCCCUGAAGCCACCAAAAGUGAUUUAUACAACGACAAGGUUGUAAGGACAAAUCUAUUGUUGUCGGAAGGUGCACAGUGUAGUCGCCGGAUAACAUUUUGGAGACAUAGAGGGUUUUGGAAAAAGACCUUAUCUUUUCUGAGUGUGGACGGGGUCCAUCUGCAUGUCCAGGCACAGAGGAAAUACCUCCAGAGCGUCAAGGCUGCUAUCUUAACAGUUGCGAAGACUAUUGACUGACAACCAGCUGGAACCAGAAAACAAAGAUCAACCUGUCAUGGCUCCCAAAAACAAAAAGAGAGUCUCAUCAGCCACUGAACCUGCUAUAGGGGACACAAAUGUCAGUGGCCCAAAAAGACGAAGAGCCUCUCCAUCCAGUUCUAAGACCAGUGGGUCCCACUCCCAGUCUCAGGAGGUGCAAACAUUUGAUAUAGACUAUGACAAGUUGGCAGCAGCAAUGUUGAGGCAAAUGGCACCAAGUCAGCGAGCCGCUCUUGAUCCUCUGGCCAUGGACAUACACACUGUGGAGGAGGCUGUACCUACAAGACAACCAGCAUUGGCUACAGCGGUGCUUCCAACCGCAGUUGAUCAACACCCUACCUGCCAGACCAACCCCAUAGGCCCCAAUCAUUUGCCAUUGGUUGGUCAAAACAAGGACAUGAACAGUGGUUCCCCAGUGAUGUCUUUAUUAGAGAAUCUGUUCGGGAGCAAGGGUGAGUGUACGGAUCCAUCCACAAACACAAACAGUUCCUACAUUGAUCUGUCAGCAGGAAUCCCUUUAGGUGCUGGGGUCUCUGAUAGACUUAGAAAUAAAAUAUGGGGGGAAGAGUUUAUAGAUAUGAAAGUGUUGCUCCCAACAUAUACAGAGGAGCCAGUCUCUGUACAUAUUUCAGCUGGUUCCCUCAACAUAAGUCAGGGACAAACCCAGAAGCAGCAAUUGUCCAUAGAUCAAUGGACAACAUGCUUCAACACCUUUAUUGCGAUUUAUAUAAUAAAAUCCCCAGAAGAAGCAGCAAACCUAUUGAAGUAUGCUGCGACAAUCCGCGACCUUGCAAGCAAUCAUGGUGAUGUGGCAUGGAGACAUUAUGACGAAACAUUUCGUCGUCUCAGACAAGCUCAUCGUCCUCCCUGGCAAAAGCCAAUAGAUGAGCUAUACACUAAAGCAGCUAACCAGCGGUCUUUUCGUGGCCAACAGCAGCAAACAGCAAAGCGGCCACAAAAUGUGCAACGGGCACCUCGUCAAAAGGUCUGCUUUGCCUACAACAGAGGGAUGCCAUGCACAGCAUCCCCAUGUAAAUACAAACACCUGUGUCAGAUCUGUUUUGGCAACCACACCAAAGCAAAAUGUUUCAAGGCCAAACAUGGUACCACCGGUUACCCAGCAAACAAACAGGCCAGUCACCAACCUUCCAACACCAGUUAAUCAUGAAGUUCUCAAAUCAGAACUCGUUGGGUAUGACAGUUCUUCAACUGCAACCCUUUUAUCAGGCUUUCAACAUGGUUUUUCAAUUGGUUAUGAAGGAGGGCGUGCUAAUUUAUAUUCUAAAAAUCACAAAUCAGUCAGAGAUAAUAUGAAAGCAGUAUCGGAAAAAAUUCAAAAGGAAAUGCAAAUGAAUAGAAUUUCGGGACCAUUUACAAAACCCCCUUUUAAGCCUUUUAUUUGCUCUCCUUUGGGCCUUAUCCCAAAAUCUGUCCCCGGGAAGUUCAGACUUAUACAUGAUUUGUCAUAUCCAGAAGGAAAUUCGAUCAAUGCAGGAAUUUCCAAAGAAAAAUCCAAAGUCACUUAUGAUACAAUUGACACAGUUAUUUCCCUCGUAAAAAGUUUCGGAACAGGUUGUUUAUUAGCAAAGACAGACAUUGAAGAUGCUUUCCGUAUUAUACCAAUACAUCCUAAAGAUUACCCUCUCUUAGGUUUUACCUGGGAAGACAAAAUUUAUUACGAUUGUUGUCUACCCAUGGGAGCUAGCAGCUCCUGUCAGAUAUUUGAAUUGUUUAGCUCUGCUUUACAAUGGAUUAUGAUGACAAAAUACAAAGCAGCAGGUAUGUCCCACAUUCUGGAUGAUUUCCUAUUUGUAGGCCCCCCAGACAAUCCUAAAUGCAAACAGGAUCUUCAGUCAUUCUUAUCCUUGUGUGGUAGGUUAGGGGUCCCUAUUAAAGCAGACAAAACAGAAGGACCUACCACUAUUAUCACAAUUUAUGGUCUAGAAGUAGAUUCCAUCAAAAUGGAAUGUAGGCUGCCAUUGGAGAAAUUGGUGAAAAUGAGGCAGGCUCUACAAAACAUGCAAACCAGGAAAAAAGUUUUGCUUAAGGAGCUUCAGUCUUUAAUAGGACUAUUAAACUUUGCCUGUUCUGUUGUCUGUCCAGGUCGUGCAUUUCUGCGACGCCUGAUCGACUUAACAACUAAAACAAAUAAUCCAUCCCAUUUUAUCAGGUUGAAUAUGGAAGCGCGUGCAGACAUGAGGGCCUGGUCUACUUUUUUAGACGGCUUCAAUGGAAAGUCUGUGUUCCUAAAUGACAUAUGGCUGAAUUCUGAACAUCUCAAAAUGUAUACAGAUGCAUCAGGUAGUCUCGGUUACGCAGGAGUUUUUGGAAGUCAGUGGUUUUCCAAGCCCUGGACAAGCUCCAUGGCUACAUUUCAGAUUACAAUCAAAGAAUUGUUUCCCAUUGUACUAGCAUUAGAACUUUGGGGAGAGCAAUUACAAAACAAAAAAGUAGUAUUUAUGUCUGAUAAUAUGGCAGUGGUAGAAGUUAUCAACAAACAGUCCUGCCGUGAACCAACCCUUAUGAAGCUUGUACGUCGCUUAGUGGUCACUGCAUUACGGUAUAACAUAUAUUUCAAAUCGGCCCACGUGCCUGGAAAACAAAAUGUUAUAGCUGAUAGCCUUUCUCGUUUUAAAUUCCAGGAAGCUCGCAGACGAGCACCAUGGCUCAACAAUCAUCCCACGGUAGUACCCACCAACCUACAAAUGCUCUAAGCGCGCAGGCAUUGCGACUACUUUCUGCAGCUACAGCAGACAGGACUAAAGUUUCUUAUCUUCGUAGUUGGCAAUUGCUUGAACAGUUCUUACAGCCUAGCAGCAUCAAAUUACCCUUACCUGUUGACGUGGUUGGCAACUUUGUUGCUCAUUUAUUCAGCAACAAAUACAGUCCUGCCACCAUUGCUACCCAUGUUUCAGCAAUAAGUUAUGUCCAUAAGAUACUAGGUCUAGAAGACAUGACUCAUUCCUUUCUCAUAAGGAAAAUGCUAAAAGGGUGUCAAAAAAUGAAAGGAGUCAGUGACUCCAGACUUCCUAUUACCAAAGACAUUUUGUAUAAAAUUGUGAAUGCAUUGAAUUUCGUUGUGAGUGACCCACAAAUUAGACUCCUGUUACGCACACUUUUCCUGCUGGCAUUCAAUGCAUUUAUGCGCCUAGGAGAACUGGUGUGUAAAUCCUACUCUGAAUCAGAUAAAGUCCUUCAACGUUCAGAUGUCUCUAUAGCAGAAUCAGAUGAGCAGGGUCCAGCAGUUAAUAUGGUUCUGCGUCACUUUAAGAAUAACACAGAUCACCAACCUAUUUCACUUCAUCUUGUGGCAAAGGAUGGGGCUCUGUUGUACUGUCCAGUCAGAGCUGUGAAGCAAUACCUUAGUGUAUUUUCACAUACAGAUGGCCCUUUCUUUCAAAUGGCCAAUGGGCUGCCUGUCACAUAUGUGUUUGUAACACAACGACUCACUGAGGUAAUCUCUUUUGUGGGGCUUGACCCAACUUUAUUCAAGGGUCACAGCUUUCGGAUAGGAGCUGCAACAGAAGCAGCCAAAAUGGGCUAUUCGGAAAGUGUUAUCCAACGAAUGGGUCGUUGGAAUUCCAAUGCUGUUCAACGAUACAUCCGUAUCAAUGCAUUUAUCCUGUAAAUUAUUAUUGCCCUAAUGAGGUCUGCUUUUGAGUAUCAUUACUCAGAGGGCUGACUCUUUGCCUGCUCUGAUAUAAUAUAGCCAAUCAUCACACAGAGGUCAGGAUCUGCCUGCUCCGAUGUUUUGAUAAUUAUUAUGCUGAGGCCAGAAUUUGUCUGCUCUAAUCAUUGCAAGGAAAAUUUGUGAAAACAAUGUUUUAUACACAAGUAACUCUAAGGUCAGAAUUUGUCUGCUUAGAUACCUGGCAACCCAGAUAAAAUGUUGGAAUAAAACAUAACUCCAAGAGUUCAGAAUUUGUCUGCUCUAACCACUGAACAAUUAAUUGUUGGAACAUUGCACAUUUAGCUCUAAGGUCAGAAUGUGUCUGCUUAGAUCACCGUAAGUCUCAAUGGGGGAAAUAACAUAAGAGAGGUCAGAAUUUGUCUGCUCUGAAAUCUGUUAAAGUAAUCAUGGGAACAACCAUAUAGAGCUUUAAGGUCAGAAUGUGUCUGCUUAGAUCAACAAGAUCAUUUUUGGGAAAUAACUCCAGAGGUCAGAAUUUGUCUGCUCUGAUAAUUGAUUAGUAGGUUAGUGAGGGAUUAAUUGUUACUCAGAGGACAGGAUUUGCCUGCUCUGGUAUUUAGUCCUCAAUAUGAACUCCACUUUCUUUAGCAAGAUAGUUGCGUUCAGGGUUCAAUUAUGUUUUGGAUGGGUCCCGGUGUGUGAGAGUUUCGUUUUGUUGUGUUCUAAUUAUUAUUUGUUUUAUUGUUUUUCUUUUUUUUUCUUUUCUUUUUCUUUUUCUAAUUAUGAUAAUGCAUGUAUCGUAGCUGAGGCCAGCAGAAGGCUGCUUACUACAUAAGAGUGAUUAGAUCUAGAAUGAUCGUGUCAUAGGGUGCAUAUACAUACACACCUACUAUGUCACAGCAUUAUCAUGAUUAGUACCUGUACACAUUUUCCUUAAGUUCUUUGUAAAACCUUCAGUAUAGGUUUUGUUUAAUUUUCCCAUAGUGUCACAAUCUAUCUCGGACACGACUUCGGGUGGCGCUGGACUGGAGCGAUGUUAGUUAACAUCAUUCCAGUCCUGUGGCGUAUUCUCGUGCUCCACCUUUUUGAUAUAUAUUUAAGAUAUUGUUUAUGUUUGUAAAUAUGUUUAUGCAACAUGGUUGACAUUGUUGUUAUCCAUGUCUGCCAUGUUAUUCGUCAUUUAAUAAAAUGACAUUUACUGGAUAUAUUUUAUUCUUUGUUGUUCUUGAUGUAUAUUUAUCCAAAAAACUAGCUUCAGUCGUGAUCGGAUGAUCGUGAUGGAGAUUUAUAGCAUAAAUACAAUUUAUACCAAUAAAUACAUUUAUGUUGUACAUCGGAAUAUUAUAUGUUUUAAUCGUCUAUAUAAUUACGGGUAAGAUGUGAAGCUGAAAGAUUCAGGGUCAUACGGUUCGAAGUAAAUCGAGCACACCCAUACUAAUUAUGUCAAGGCAAUCAGCCAAUCAGAUAUCCAGAUUAACGUCAUGUGAUAUCAACAUAAAAUUUACAAGGUGAAAGUAUUGCUCGGAAUUUCUUUGUCCCACCAUCCCACCCAUGCAAAUUUUAGCUUCACAUUCUAGGCCCGCAUUGUUUGGUAACAAUAGUUGGAUAUAUUUAAGUGGCGUAUUCUCGUGCUCCACCUUUUUGAUAUAUAUUUAAGAUAUUGUUUAUGUUUGUAAAUAUGUUUAUGCAACAUGGUUGACAUUGUUGUUAUCCAUGUCUGCCAUGUUAUUCGUCAUUUAAUAAAAUGACAUUUACUGGA